AUGGUGUUCAAUGGGACUGCUGGAAUACUCUGUAGGGAUUUUGGAAUGCUUUCGUUGAGCUUUACGAGAUCUUUUAGCGGUAGCUCUGUUGUUUGUGGGGCGAAAGCCAUGAAGUACCUCAAGGCGCAGAAUAGAAGACAAUUGAAUGAAGCUAGGCAAAGUAAGAUCAAGAGCUCAUUGGAUAGUGUUGAUCCGGUUCUGGGUAAGAAAGAUACGCAGUUUAUAGUGCGUGUGAUGGCAGAAUUAAAGGAACCCAAGGUUCUUGCUAGAGGUUAUGAACAUAGCGAGGUGGAAAAGCUGAUAGCGUCUAUUGAAGCAUCUAAGAAUGAAAGGCUGAAGGUUAGUGGGUUAGACAAAGUGGCUAAGGAGAUAUCUUUGGAUGAUUCAGCGGUGGUUGAUUCAAAGCGUGAAGCUGUUUUGAGGAUUUUAAGCAUGAGAAAUGCGGAUAAUAAGACCGCGAUGAAAGCUGCUAUUAAGUUGACUAGAGAGGAGUUCCAAAGAUUUCCAGGCGAUACUGGCUCUAGUGAGGUGCAGGCAGCAGUGAUGACUGUGAGGAUUCACAAUUUGGCCAAACAUGUUCAAGAUAAUAAGAAGGACAAUAAAAAUACCAGAACGCUGAGAAUGCUCGUUCAACAAAGACAGAGUUUGCUUAGAUAUUUGAAAAGGGAUAAUCCUGAAAGGUACUUCUGGACUAUAGAAAAACUAGGCCUGACUGAUAAUGCUGUUGUCAGCGAAUUUAAUAUGGAUAGACGUUAUAUGCAAGAUUAUCAAUUUUUUGGUGACAGAAUUUUGAUCAAAGACUCCAAAAAAGUGGCGGGUGCCAAACGUAAAGCAGCACGUAGGGAGAAGAGAUUGUCCCAAGAUGCAUAG